AUGUCCGCGCGCGCGGCAGGCCCGGGGUGUUCGUCGGUGGGGUGCGGGCUGUUCGAGGAGGUGGGGCCGUGGCGCGUCGCGUCCAAGGCGGGCGCCGCGCUUCUCUACAACAAAUACGCCUGGAACCGACGUCAGCGCGCUCCCCGCCCUCCCCGCUCUCUCCGCUCUCUCCGCCCUCCUCGCUCUCGCCGCUCUCUUCGCGCUCCUCGCUUCCGCCGCUUUCUAUGCUCCCGUCGCUCUCUCGCAUUCCUGCACAUCCCUUCAACCCCGCCCCGCCCGCUCGCUCGCGCACAUGCCAUUUCAACCACACGCUUCGCGCGCCGCUCCCGCACCCGCACUCUCCGUGCUUCUCCGCGCCACUCCCUGCACUCACCUCCCCCUCCCUCCCCCACGUUUUCCCCCUCUUUCCCCUCCCUCUCCCCGCCAUUCCUCUCCUGGCUGCCGGCGCGCGCAGUGGUGAACAUAGUGUUCCUGGAGUCGCCCGUGGGCGUGGGGUAUUCGUACUCCACGGACUCGGCCGACUACACCACCGACGACGACCAGACAGCGAAGGACAACCACGCGUUCCUGGUGGGGUUCGUGGCGCGGCACCCGCGGUUCGCGCGGAGAGAGUUCUACAUCGCGGGGGAGAGCUACGCGGGUAAGGGGGAGAGCUACGCGGGUAAGGGGGAGAGCUACGCGGGUAAGGGGGAGAGCUACGCGGGUAAGGGUGAGAGCUGCGCGGGUAAGGGGGAGAGCUACGCGGGUAAGGGGGAGAGCUACGCGGGUAAGGGGGAGAGCUACGCGGGUAAGGAGGGGUAUGCUGGGAGCUUUGCUUGCAGUAACUUGGUGCGCUCGCCUCUGCGUCUUCAGAUUCAGCUUCGCCCGCGUCGCACACACCUCAUACCCUCCCCACUCGCCAUGCUCCCCUCUCGCCCGGGCCACCUCGUCUCGUUCUCCGCAGGCCACUACAUUCCGCAGCUCGCCGCCCGCAUCAUCGAGCAGAAUCAGAUCGACGGCGGCACGCGGCUCAACCUGGACUUUUCGGGGAUCUUCCUGGGCAACCCGUUUGUGAACUAUGCACAUGACACCAAGGCAAGCUGCCCGCUGUGUUCUUUUUGGUUUGAAGGACAUCCAGCCCCACCUGUUCCCCUGCCGUGCCCACCCACCCCGCUCGCUUCUUCUCCCAACCCCUGCAUCUUUCACGCUGCCCCUGCUGCACCUGCUGCACCUGCUGCACCUGCUGCUGCUGCUGCACUCAGUGCCCCACUCACUGCCGUGGACCACUGCUCCUCGCACUGCUAG